GGAGCAGAGAAACCUACUGAAACUUUGAGCCCUUGCACUGAUGUAGUAAUCAAAACGAAACGAGGAGUAGACAAGAGUAUCCACGUCAACGUUGUCCCUCGCAUUACUAAUAAGAUUCCCACACAACAUAUCUCAAAACCAAGUGGAGUAGAUAUGAUGGCAGACAGUGGCUCACAAGGAAGUAAAGAAAUCAAUAUGCUCAUUGGUAAUGACUACUAUUUUUCCUUUAUUAGGAAAAAUAUGAUACAACUGGACGACAAUCUAUUCUUAAUAGAUACAGAUUUUGGAUGGGUUAUAUCUGGUCGUCUCCGCUUAGAAAAUCAAGAAGAAGACAAUAUUUUAACAGUUGUCACUUACCAUCAAAGUAAUAGAGGUUGUAAAUGCUUCUCAGAACCGGAUCUACCGUUGAGGCAAUCUGAUCUGAAAUUCCUUUGGAGUCUGGAAAAUAUUGGAAUAACUGAUUCAGUAAAGGCUACUAGGGAAGAGAAUGCUGUCCAACACUUUAAUGAUACCGUGGUAUAUCAAGGUGGCCGUUAUUAUGUGAAAUGGCCAUGGACAACAUAUCCGCCCGAUGUACCAACCAACUAUGGUCUAGCGUAUGGCAGACUCAAGGGAUUAUUACAAAGGAUGGAUAAGUCUACACUACAAGAAUAUAAUGAGAUACUUAUGGAACAACUGAAGAAUGAGAUAAUAGAAGUUGUUCAAGCAGGAUCAAAUCUCCAAUGUCAGUCUGUGCCUCCGAUUCACUACCUUCCGCAUCAUAUAAUCAAACAGAGUGCCAAACGUGGUCGUAUUGUAUAUGAUGGGUCAGCAAGACUGAAAAAUGAGCAAAGUCUUAACGAGUGCUUGUAUAGAGGACCUUGCAUGCUCCAAGAUCUGACAGCGCUGCUCUUGAACUUUAGAGUGUAUCAAAUAGGUAUUGUAGCUGACGUCGAAAAGGCUUUCUUGCAAAUUGGCUUACAAGAAGAAGAUAGAGAUGUGACAAGGUUCAUAUGGUUAAAGGAUAUCAAUAAACCAUUGUCCGAUGAAAACAUACUACACCUAAGAUUCUGCAGAAUGCCUUUUGGAAUUAUUUCCAGUCCUUUCUUGCUGACAGCUACUAUACGCUACCACAUAUCUCAAAAGAAUAGUGAUCUGCUAAAAAGGGUAGCGAACAAGUGUUAUGUUGAUAAUAUAGUGACUGGCACAAAUGCUGUAGACGAGGCUGUUCGAUUAUAUGAUGAGACCAGGGAAACAUUUGAAGAACUCUCCAUGAACCUAAGAGACUGGACAUCAAAUGAUGAGGCCUUUAACCAAGAAAUACCAGAGACAUAUAGAGCAAAGGAGACAAAUGAAAUAAAAGUUUUAGGGCUGUUAUGGGACAAGAGACAAGACAUGCUUAAACUAAACCUAAAUAAAGAAGUUAUCAUGGAAGGAUUCUCAGAAGUUACUAAAAGGGAAGUCCUAAGAGUAUUGGCAUCAGUAUAUGAUCCCUGCGGCAUUGUAUCCCCGUUACUCAUGCCCAUCAAGCUGUUUCUUCAAGAAUUGUGGAGACUUGACUAUAAGUGGGAUGCUCCACUAUCGCAAGAUCAAUACAGAAGAUGGAAGAAGAUAGAGAGUAACUUAAGAGAAAUACACGAGGUUGAGAUACCACGUUAUUUGGGAACCAAUGUCAACAAAGGAUCCGUAAAUGAAUUACAUUGCUUUGCGGAUGCUGCCAAAGACUCCUACGCAGCUGUGGUAUAUUUCAGAUCAUGUAAUGGCUCUGAAAUAAAGACAUUAUUUUUAUUAUCAAAGAGUAGAGUUGCACCUUUAGAAAAGAAAAACAAGAAAGGGAAGAAAAAUGAAAGAAAACUGACUAUUCCACAACUGGAAUUACUAGGCUGUGUGAUCGGAAACCGAUUAUUGACAUAUCUGAAAGAAACCAUAGAAUUACCCAUUGAUAGACAAUACUUAUGGACAGACAGUUUAGUGGUUCUUAAUUGGAUUCAUUCCAAUAAACUUCUGCCACCUUUCAUAAGCAACAGGAUAGAGGAAAUAAAGCGAAAUGUUGGCCUAGAAACAUACUACGUGAACACAAGAGAAAAUGCAGCUGACAUUGCGACCCGGCCUGAAUUGUGGUCACAGAAAAAACAGGUAUGGUUGGAAGGACCAUCCUUUUUAGCCAGAAGUAAAGAGGAUUGGCCGAAAGACAUCCACCUUACUAGCCACCAGAACCUGGCAUCUUUCUCAGCUGUAGUGGAGGGUCUGAAGGAACAGAAUUUAGACAAUGACAUGACUGUAGAACCUUCAGAUAUAAACAUGCCUGUAGAACUAUCUGAUAAUCAGAUACCUAUGGAAGUUAUCGAGGAUGACGAACCACAACCUGACCAGAGUGAAGUAAAAUCUCAGGUACAAGAGGUAAAAAACCUGCAAAGAAGAUUCUUUCCCGAUGAAACAAAAGGCAAACUGACAGACCUCAGUAGAAGUCUUGGUCUAUUUACAGAUGUAGAUGGAUUGUUGCGAUGUAAAGGACGAAUGAUGCACGCUAAUUGGUCAUACGACAUGAAAUAUCCAAUUCUUCUGCCCAGAGACUGCGAAUUCACAAGGAAAGUUGUUAAAGAAAUACAUGAGAAGAACUAUCAUGUAGGAGCACCCCAUACUCUCGAUCUGGUUCGUAAGCAGUUCUGGAUUCCAAAAGGAAGACCAGUGGUGGAGAGAGUACUAAGAAAGUGUACUCAAUGUGUAAAGUACGGUGGAGGCCCGUACCCACUGCCACCAACACCAGCGUUACCUGCAGAGCGUGCAAAUUACAGCACACCGUUCACCUACACUGGAAUUGAUUAUUUUGGACCUGUUUUCAUAGAUACCGAAAAUGGACAACAAAAGAGAUGGGUGUGUCUAAUGACGUGCUUAGCAGUGAGAGCUAUACACCUAGAAGUCAUUAAGAACUUGACUGCAGAUGAGUGUAUUAUGGCGUUGAGGAGGUUUAUAUCUACAAGAGGUAUACCAUUAGCCAUAGUUUCAGACAACGCACUAUACUUUAAACUGAGCUCUGAGAUCCUGAAAAGUGAACACUGCGUAAAGAAUAACAUCAAGUGGAAAUUUAUUCCCCAAUUGGCGCCUUGGCACGGUGCAUUCUAUGAAAGACUAGUGGGUUUAGUGAAGCACUGUAUGAAGAGGACUUUGGAAAAACGAUUAUUGAAUGAUACUCAACUCCAUACUAUUAUUAAGGAGAUUGAGACUGUGAUUAACAGUCGGCCUUUAACACGAGUUGGCCCUGAUAUGGAAGCGGUGCUUAGACCAUGUGACUUUCUAUCACUAGGACGCUGUUUAAACUUGGAGAUGUCGGAGGAUUAUAGACCGGACCAAGAUGACACUCAAGUGAAAAAGAACUUGUUCGAAAGUUGGAAAAGAGGUCAGAACAUGCUGAACCACUUCAAGAACAUGUUUAUACACCAAUAUUUGAUGAGCCUAAGAGAAAGGUAUCAACACAGUCACAAGCAGCCAAGAGUGAAAUCCCAUCAGGAGCCAAGCGUUGGUGAUUUAGUCCAGAUAAAAGGUGAAAACAACAACAGAAACAACUGGCGGGUUGGCAAGAUUGUCCAACUUAUAAGAAGUGCGGAUGGAUUCUGUAGAGUAGCACAUGUUAAGGUAGGAGACAAUAUCUUCAUUCGGUCUAUCGGACACCUGUAUCCUUUAGAAAUGGAGUGUCCACCUUCAGUUCAAGGAGACGUUAAACCCACUGAUACGAGCGAAUCUCAAGAAAGAGCUCAAAAUCCUAUAUUAAAUGAUUUUGAGACAAGUCAAACAAUUGAAAUACCAAAGUUGAAUGAUCACGUCGAGAUUGUUAAGGAAAACCAAGAGACAUUACAGGAAAACCCUUUUACCCAAUGUACACAAGGAAGAGAGUCUAAUGAUGACAUUCCUGAUGAGAGAGUACGCACAACACCACCACGAUCAGUACACCCAGAAACUGACGAGACGCGGCUUGUAGACGAGGGAAUCAAUGAGGCCGAGAUAGUAGAGCAAGAUGAGGCUCAGCCACGAGAGGAAGUAGUGAGACGAGCCGCUGCGAUAAGAGCAAGAGAACGAAUCGCAGAGUGGACUCGUCAACUCUUCGCUAUUUUAUAAACCGUCCUCGUCGUUGGGAAUGUCGCGAAUUUACGCGAUUCCUGAUAAAAGUGAGAAAGGAACGCGUGGCGAGAGGUUUUUACGAGACGAUUAAGAAUGUGACUGGUGGCGAAAGAGGCCGAGACAGCAGAGUGCUCCCGUUUAACUAGAAGAUUUCCCUGGUGAGUGCUUAUGCUUAAUUAUAACGAGAGAAAUACGUUGAGAGGUUAAGUAAGAGUAAGAUUAAAUAUGGUGGAACGGGAAGGUCUAUUGGGGAAGGUGGCAGGACCUCCAGGGACCUGCGGGUCCCACACAGAAUAAGGUGAGAGUAGAGAAACUGGGAUGACAGUUGGUCGGAUCACUUGAAAGAGAAACCUACCACCGAGGGUGGCUCUUGGUCCGAACGAUGGUGUCAUACCUGGCUCUCACGGAUUGUUGUAAGAGUAAAUAAGCAAUGAACCUUUCAACGUACGUCUCAGAACUUUAUAUCAAGGAUAAACGUGUAAAUGAUGAUGAUUGAAACGACUAAAUUAGUAACAUACAAAUCUAUGUUAUAGUCACUACCAGAAGUGGA